AUGGAAAAAUCACCGAAAGACAUGGAUAGUGAGGUCGUUGACGACAAGGAGCUUGGUGUCACGGUUAAGAUGACCGGCGACGGCAUCCCGUUAGUACCGCAGCCCAGUGACGACCCAACCGAUGCUCUGAACUGGUCGAGCUUGACAAAACAUACUGCUCUCGUUGUACUCGCUUUUGAGUCAUUCCUAAUAAAAUUCAGCGCCGUUGUCGUCGCCCCUUCUGCUCUCUUAUUUGCGGAACAGUUUGAUGUUUCUAAAUCGACGGCAACCUACCUCGGAUCAGCACCCACCAUUCUUAACGCUAUCACUUCUUUUAUCUGGAUUCCGCUCAGUCAUCGCAUGGGUCGUCGUCCCAUCUUGUUGCUCGGGAACCUGGUUGCUCUCAUAGCUGCCAUAGGGGUUGCCAAUUCACAGACUUUUGCCCAGGCCCUGGGCUGUCGGAUGGUGCAGACAUUUUUUGGUUCUGUUGGUCUGUCCAUUGGCCCGGCGGCGAUUUCUGAUAUGUUCUUCCUGCACGAAAAAGGUAAACGCAUGGGUGUCAACAGUAUUUUACUCGUCAUUGGACCUUACGUUGGCGGGGUUGUCGGCGGUGCCAUUGCCGGAAGCAGUCUCGGCUGGCGCUGGUCGGUAUAUUUGACGGCUAUUUUGUUUGGCGCAGAAUUUAUCGCUCAGUUUCUAUUUGUCCCUGAGACGAUCUACGAACGAGACCAGCCAACUCCCUAUAUCAAGUUACAUGGUCCACUCUCUGUGAUGCGCUUCCGCAUUCCCACUAUCACUGAGAGCUGGCGAGAAACAUUUCUUCAUCCCUUCGUCAUGUUCGCCUAUCUAUCAGUCUUGUUGCCAGCCUUCUGGUUCUCUGUUGCGGCGAUGACCGAAGUAGGAAACACUGCUGGCUUUGUUCUGAACUUUGGAGCCGACAGUCAAUAUCACUUUACUACCACUCAAGUAGGCCUAUGCUACUUAUCAGGUAUUAUUGGCGCUGGGUUGGGAGAGAUUUGUGGCGGACCACUCUGUGAUCUUAUGGCUAGAUCAUCUAUCAAGCAAAAUAAGGAGUGGAGGCCAGAACGGCUCUUGCAUCUGUCUUGGUUGGGACUUUUGACUACCGUGGCUGGUAUUCUUUUAUACGGCUUCGAGCUCGAAUACGGUCACAGUUGGGUUUCCGCUCUCACAGGCAUUGCUCUACUCACUUUCGGUCAAGAAGUCCUCGUCACCGUGUUGCUGACUUACAUGACCGAUUGCUACCGGGCACAGGCCUCUGAGGUCGCUAUUGUCUUCCAAUUCUUCUUUGCCGUCCAGUGUUACCAUGUACCUUUUUAUCUACCGCAGUGGAUUGCAGAGCCCGCGGGUGUCAAAGUUCCGUACCUAGUUUUUGCCGUUUUACCUAUUGUUCUAUUCCCGCCUUGUAUAGGCAGUUUGAUGUGGAAAGGGAGGAAGAUUCGUAGCAAGGGUGCUCUGCCUAGGAAGCGGUCGUCCUUAGCCACUACGUAG